GAGAGAGAGAGAGGGAGAGCCAAACACUGAGGCGCUGCGACCGUGAACGCACCGCGCAUACCGAGUGAACGGGAGGACCGCUCCGCCCGUGCAAGGAGGAGAGCUGCUCGUUUUCACCCGUGGAUAUUAUUGUUACGCAACCCGUCUCUUAAGUCCUGUCCGUGGGAUACUCUGGCUCCAUUCUCUCCUCCCCUUUAUUGCCUUUUUUUUUCUUCUUCGUACUCACCCCUUGAUUUUUUAUUUAUUUAUUUGAUGUAUUUUUUCCCUUUCCCAUCUUUCUUCUCCUCUCCUCAUCUGUGAGCAUCCUCCUUCUCCUCCACGCAAGUCCUAACUUUUCCACUCGACUCCAUCCCACACAACCUGCUCCAUCGCUCAGCCCCCCACCUCCCCCACCACCCCACACUCCUCUCCCUCUAUUGCAGCAGCCUCAGCCUCUCCCUUUGGACUGACUGGAUCGGGCGGAACCGUUUUCGGGGCACUACAUGGGGCACUGCACGGUGUCGCUCGGAAAAUGUUCGGCUGUGGGUCUCCUGUAGGUUUCCCGCUGAAUCUGCUGGGAUUUUUGGAGUUGUUGUCGGUGCGCGUCUGCCGCUCCUGCUGCUGCUGCGUCUCUUUCCCACGUCGCCAGCGCUGCCGUUGAAAGGGGGACCAGUGAGUUUUUGGUUCUUCCCUAUUAUGGGUCUGUCCGUGACGGUGCAGGUACCUGUGGACGAGCCCCACCGACGCCUGCGCCCGUGGAGCGGGACGGCGGCGGCUGGAGGUUGGCUCCGGAUCACUCUGGUCUCAUUUUUCGCCACUUUACCUGUGGAGCAGUUGCGCGCUUUCCCGUCGUCCCUCAGCGACUGCCAGACGCCGACCGGCUGGAACUGCUCCGGUUUUGAUGACCGGGACACAGACCUGUUUUUGUGCGACACCAACACAUGCAAGUUUGAUGGCGAGUGUCUACGAAUUGGGAACAUGGUGACAUGCAUUUGUGACUUCAAGUGCAACAAUGACUAUUCCCCAGUGUGUGGCUCCAACAAUCAGAACUACCAGAAUGAGUGUUUUCUGCGCAGGGACGCCUGUAAGCAGCAGUCUGAAGUACUUAUUAUGUCAGAAGGAGCCUGUCCUGCCGAUGUCGGCUCAGGAUCGGGGGAUGAUGGUGGAGAAGGCUCGACUGAGACGGUGCAGAAGGAAACAUCCACCUGCGACAUUUGUCAGUUUGGAGCCGAGUGCGACGUGGAUGCAGAGGAUGUGUGGUGCGUCUGCAACAUCGACUGUUCCCACAUCAGCUUCAACCCGGUGUGCGCCUCCGACGGCCGUUCCUAUGACAACCCCUGUCAGGUGAAGGAGGCGUCUUGUCAGAAGCAGGAACGCAUCGAGGUCAAAUACCUGGGCCACUGCCAAGAUAUGAUCAUCACUGCUAACAAAGGUGGAGAUGGACACUUUGCACGGACUGACCUCACAGUAGAGGACAAAGAGGAAACGAGGAAUGGGCUGGCCCGCGGCCUGUACAUCCCCUGUCCAGACCACUACAAGAACUACUGCGUCCACGGAGAGUGUCAGUUCCCCAGUAUCCUGGCACAACCCUCCUGCAGCUGUCAUUCGGGCUUCAGCGGUCCUCAGUGCGACACCAAAGAGUACAACGUGCUCUAUGUGGUGCCCGGCUCCGGUAAACUGCACUACGUCCUCAUCGCCUCUAUCAUCGGAGCGCUCCAGGUGGUCAUCAUCUGUGUGGUGGUGCUCUGCAUUACCAGAAAGUGCCCACGGACCAACAGAAUCAACAGGCAAAAACAGAACAACGUCCACUUCAGUUCCGAGAACACCAUGCGCGCCUCCACUCGACUGAUCUGAGCCCGCCGGUGGACAGAACCCCACCCCCCCACCCCCCCCUUCAGCGCUGUGGUGUUAGAUGUUCCCCCCCUCGUAGGCCGACCCCUCCCUUCUUACCCAAAUUUAGGAUGUGCUUCCCUUCUUCAGUCCUCGCCCCCGUCUCCCGAUAUGAACAUUAGGAAUGGCUUAGGCAGGACGGGCGGUGGCACAGCGAACACGGCGCCGCUGAACCCGGUGACGUCAGACCCUGGGUCGAGUUGUCAUCAGCUGCGUCCGAUGUCAACCCCCCCCACCCCACCCCCCAACCCCCCCCCUUUCCAGUUGCUGACGUGUCCUUACAUCUUGUCACUUCUGCCUAGGGGUUUUUUCUGACAAACUGAACCAUGAAGUGUUGGCGUGGAGGAUCCUGAAUGUGUGUGUGUGUGCGUGUGUGUGCGUGCGUGUGUGUGCGUGUGUGUGUGUGUCUUAGAUGUGUGAGCUUUGGUAGAGGCAGGCUAGCCGGUGUCUGUCGAUUGUAGAUGAGGGA